CGUGAACUUCCGCGAUUUGCAAUUUGUGUUGCAGCUGUCAUGGCGGACGAAUCUCUCAGUGCCCUAAAUAGACGAUUUAAUCAAUUAAAACGUUGGGAAGAAUCUGAGACAAAUAAAGCUUCACAUUUACCAAAGGAGAAACCUCGAAAAGUUAAAUUUCAAGAUGGAUGUGUGUUUCUAGCUGCUUGUUCAAGCGGUGACCGUGAUGAAGUUUUGCAACUUCUGAAAAAGGGUGCCGACAUAAACACUUCGAAUAUUGAUGGUCUUACAGCCCUACACCAGGCAUGUAUAGACGACAACUUGGAUAUGGUAGAGUUUUUGGUCCAGCAUUCUGCCGAUGUGGACGUAUGUGACAAUGAAGGGUGGACUCCUUUACACGCUACAGCUUCAUGUGGAUUUACAGAAAUAGCCAGAUAUUUGAUAAAAGAGGGAGCUAACGUAGCUGCAGUAAAUAAUGAUGGAGAUCUACCGAUUGAUAUUUGUGAGGAUGAAAUUAUGGAACAUAUGCUGCAAGAUGAAAUGUCAAAACUAGAUAUUGAUGCUGAUGCAGCCCGACAAGAAGAAGAGAACCAGAUGUUAGAAGAUGCCAAUAAAUGGCUGAAUAACAAGUCCGUCAAGGAGAAACGGCACCAAAAGACUGGUGCCACUGCUCUCCAUGUGGCAGCUGCUAAAGGCUAUAUGAAAGUCAUCAGUGUUCUACUACAAGCAGGAGUUGAUGUUAAUGCUAGGGAUAAUGAUGGGUGGACUCCUCUCCAUGCUGCAGCUCAUUGGUGUCAAGAAGAAGUUUGCAAGGCUCUUGUGGAUCAUAUGUGUGAUAUGGAUAUUAAAAAUAAUGCUGGUCAAACCCCAACUGAUGUAGCAGAUAGUGAUAUCAUUAAAUUAUUAGAGGAACUUAAGGCCAAGCAACAAUCUUUGAAAGACAAGGAGAAUGAAGACACCAAUGAGAUUAUACCUCAUAGGAACCAGCAUGGAAAAAGAAGCAGGAGUGAUUCCCAAAGAAGUUCUGUAACCCGAAUGAGUGUUGAUCAAAAACAGAAUGUGAUUUUGAAGAACGUUGAGCAGGAGAGGUCGACAUUGGAGGCUAAUCUGAGUGGAAUUAAAAGUUCUUCUAGCUCUUCUGGGGAGGGAGAAAGUUCUGAAUCUGACACAGAGAAACAGAAUGAGUUGAACAAGCAGUCAACUGAGGCAAAUCAGACCCGAGACCGAGAUAAGCCUCCAAUAACAGCUGUUGUUGAGAUACAGAAACCAGAAAUGGGAAAGAUAGAAGAAAGUAAUGAAAAUGAUACUGUUCAGGUCAAGAAGAAGGACGAAGAUGUGAUAAAUGAGGCAGACAAGAAAACAGACACACCAAGGAUUGAAGAUAUUGGUGAAACUAAAGAAUCUCUUAAGGAAAAAGAAAAUGCUGAGAAGGAAGCAAAAGAAAAACAAGAAACUGAGCAGACAGAAAGGAAACCAGAUGAAAAAUCUGUCAGAAAAGACAAGGAUUUUAAUAGAUCAAAUAGUGUUCCUGCGAAGGAGAAGGAACCAUUAUCUCGAACAUAUAGUGCUCCAAAUAAACCUACAGAGGUCCCCACCAUAGUAACACCACCAACCAUAACAGAAUCAAAGAACGAUACAGAACCAGAUAUCCUGUCCUGGCGAACUGGUUUACGUAAAACAGGAAGUACCAGUAUGGUUAUAGAAAAUAAUAAAGACGAGGGAGACAAAAAUCUUUCUCGUUCUUUAUCUAGCCCUCGUAUCCCUGCAGACAGAAACUCAGUUGACAAUGAUAAAGUUCAGUUACGCAGAUCAACAGAUACUCAGGAUCAUAAACCAUUGGACAGGGACCUACUGCUUUCCAUUUUCUUAGCAACAUUACUUUAUAUUUUCUGGAUUUAUCAACUUUAUUCUGCAUUCUUAGAAAUCUUCUAUAAGAAAAGGGGGGGUCUUAGAUCCAUCCCUGUCAGAAGUGAGAUGUGGACUACUUAUAACUGUAUGAUUGCUUGUUAUGUGUUCUGCGUAGAAUUCCUGCCUUGCAUGAUAAACUUGUGCAUGUUUACAUCCUACAGGAUCUCUGCAUACAGUCGAAGCAUCAACAAUCCAUAUCGUAGCUCUUAUCAAUCUGCUUAUGUCCCGUACUAUCGCAGGCAGGCGGAGCAAAAUGAACGACGGGAAAAAGAACGAGAAGCUAAAAUCAUGGAAUCCACUACUACUACACAACCUUCAACCAGUACUGCAACGUCAGUGUCAGCAACGUUAUCAUCUGUAACCACAGCAACGACUACUGUCUCCACUCAUGGCGUCUCCUCUAUUGCAUCAUGUCCCACUUUUGGUACUAACUCAAUGUUCAGAAGAUCAUAUCAAAUACCAUGCAGAGAUGAAGAAGCUGAGACACAAAGAAAGGCUAGGGCAAAGAGAGCUAGGGAGACCAGAAGGUCUACACAGGGCGUGACGUUAGAAGAUAUACAGAAAGCAGAAGAAGUAUUACACUCAUCAGACACAAAACCUAGUGAUACAAAACCUAGUGAAAAAACUAACAAUGCUUUAAGUGAAAGUAGUAGAACUUCUAAUAUAGAGUCAACAAGUAUAGAACAACCAGAAUCUGUUAGGCGACGUUUCAGACCAGAUGACGAAACACGAAGUAGUUUUAGAAGAUCAAGAGAUUCCAAAGAUUCCAGUAUUUAUUCUACAGAUACAACUUCAGCAUAUGUACCCCGCAGGGAAAGAAAUGCAUUGUCCACAUCUAUAGAUAAUAAAUCUAGUCUAGGUAGUUCAGAAAUUCGUAGAUCUGCUUCAUUACGAUCGUCAAGGUUACACGCGGAGGACCAAGAUGACACAGAUUCUAAAAAAGAUUCCAAAGGUGAUGAUAAAGAUGAAAAGAAAGAACCCUCUCAUGUACGUGCUCGCCGUAAUAGACGAGAGCGUCGAUCAACAGGAAUCGUCACUUACGACCCUAGUAAGGAUGAUGAUGAAGAUGAAAAGAAAGAUACGGAAGAAAAAGACAAGUCAGUCAAAUGGGUUGGCCUGACUGAUUAUCUCCCUAAUCAAUAUAAUGGUACAAUCCACCUGGCACAUCAGCUGUUGGAAGUACAUUGUGAAGAUGGUGUAACAUGUUGUGCUAUGUCUUAUAAUUAUAAUCGGUAUAGUUUGGGUAGUUACCCUGGAUUAUACAGUAGUUAUGGAAGUUCUCCUAGUAGUAUCCACAGCUCAGGGAUAGGAUCGGGAUAUAGUUCUCGUUCAGGAUCAACCAAUAGUCUUUCUAGUAUCGGAUCUUCUGUUGGACAUGGAUCCACACAUUCGUACAGUGGAUACCAUCCACCAACGCCAUCAACAUACACACCAUAUCUUAGGAAUUCAUACUCAGGGAGAUACAACUCAACAUCAGAUGUAGGAACUUCAGAUCGUUACAGUCAUCGGACAGACAGACCCAGUUCAUACAUUGGUUCUACAUCAAGUCUUAACCUAGAUUAUAAAAAGCUUUACGAAGAUGAAAAAGCAAAUACAGAAAGAUUAAAGAAAGAUUUAGAAGCAGUGAAGAAAGAAUUAAUAGAAUCAAAAGCUGAAUUAGACAGACUUAUCAAACGCAAUGAAGUGAACAGAUUAGCAGAUACAAAUGAUAAACGGGAAAAGAGAGCUUUAGAAAGAAAGUUAUCAGAAUUAGAAGAAGAAUUAAAGAAAAUGGAAGUAUUAAAGGAAGACAAUCGUCGAUUAAAGGAAGAAAAUGGUGCAUUAAUUCGUGUGAUAAGUAAACUGUCUAAGUAGGUCAAAGCAGAUAAUGAUGUCAAGUCUAGGUCAUUAAAGAGUUUUUCGCAAUACAGAUCUGAAGACAUAGCUGUAUAGUUCUUUCUCAGUAAAAUUACAAGUUCUUCCUGCAAAGUAUCGAAUCAAAGUCAUUUUUUUUUUUCAAUUUCAGUAUUGCUGUCGAAUGUUUUGCCUAAUCAUUUCAUAUUUUUAACUUCACUGCCCUUUUAAUAGCUUUCCUCUUUCACUGCGAAUAAAGCUUGUGUAAACAAUGUUUAGCUUUCACUAACUCAAAAUUUAAAAAAAGCUUGUGAUAGUCGAUUUGAGAAGAAAGAUUUUUUAUUAAAAUGAAGAAGCAAUGGUUAUUAAUUUCAUCAAAAGAUUUUAAGUGUUUUCGAUAAAUGACAUUGAAAAAUAAAAGUCAGGAUAUUAAGAAAUAUUUUUUCUUCAAAAUUUUGUGACUCAAUAGAGGAGUAUCAACAAAAAGUUCUGUGUUUAUUGCUGUACGGUGUAUUUCUUAAAAUUAGGUUGUACUUCAAUAUUAUUUCUUUUUGAAUUUGGUAUAGAUUAAUUCAAAAAUUAUAUUAUAUACAUACUAGUAUAUAGAUGUGUAUUUAUUUUUUUCAAGUAUAUAAUAAACGGUGUGGAAAUAUACCACUAACUCCAAAACUCUUUGUAAACUAACCAAACACUUUUGUAGAGUAUAUGUUUAAGCUGCAAUAUUCAAUAUCUGUUUUAUACAUAGUUUUCAUACAGAAAAUUCAUUAAUUUCAAGAAGCCUGAAAAUGAAAUCAAGAAAUAUUUCGAUAAUAGAAUAAUCAUGCAAACAUUUAGUACAAUUUUCUUUUCUUGACUUAUUUCGUAAAUGAAACAAUUGUAUUUAUAUUGUUAGAAGAAACUGUUUGAGGGUGAUAUUUCCUAUCCCAUGUUAUAACAGAAUGUCUUAGAUGAGUAAAGUUAUAGUGUAGCUUGGUCAGUGUUUGUGCUUAAAUAAGCUACUGGAAUUUUAAGGAAUAUGAAUGUAUAAUGUAUUACCUCCCUUUGUUUGGUGCUACUAUGGAAACAGUCUCUAUAGCAACAGUAUUUAAAAUGUGAUAAUAAAUUAUCAGUACGAAUGAAUGUGUUAAAAUUGUUUAAGAAAUGUUUUCUUAAAUAUGGUUAAAUUUUUAUUUUAGUGCAAUUAAGACAGUGCUAAGAAUUGUUUUUAUGUUUGUUGAUCCUGAAAUGUUUUAUGAGUUAUUGAAAGAACUUGCGGUUUAUUUAAAAUGUUUAACUCUCAUACAUUUCAGAAGAUCAUUACAUGUAUGUGUAGUUGUUGUAGCUACAAUCUUUCUAAAUUAUCUUUUUUUAAUUUUUUGGUUCUCUUUAUUUUCAACUUUUGACCAUAAGGCUUAUUUUGAUUUAACUUUGUAAUUUGUCUAAUAUUCUUCCUAUGGAAAGAAUUUUUUAAACUCGUAACUUCUCAUAUAAACAAUUUAAUGAUGAAAUAUUAAGAAACAGAUUUUGUUUCAACCAAUAACUGCUUUCCCUUAAAAACCAGAUGAUUUGAGAAAGUGUCUAUUUUUGUGAAUGAGUGCUGAUCGUAGUGCUGUGUAUAUAAGGCCAGUUGAGAUUACUAUUGUACAUAUGUAUAUAAUGUAAAUAUUAGAAUUGUCUUAUUUAUUACUGAUGUAGUCCGAUCUCAUGGGAAGAGUAACUAUAAAGCUCAGGCAUGGUUUACUCAGUAGUGAGUUCUCCAUGAUAAAUCCAGUCUUUCAUGCUGUCAAAGAGAGUCAUUCUUUUACAUGGUGCCAAGUCAGAUGUUGAUUUACAAAUAACAUUUGUAUUAUCCCAUGGAAAUUAAACUCCAAAAAAUAUUUAGUUUGACAGUUUUUAUCUUCAAUGAAUCGUUGUUAAAGAAUGAACUAUUUCUAUAGGGAAUAAUUAUUUUCCGUUCUAGUGGGUGAAAAAUAUUUUGAUUGAAAAUUGUUUGUGCAUGGUUGUAUGUUUGUUAUGAAUGAACAUUGUUUUUUCACCUGCUAGAAAUAUUUACAAUAAAGAAAAUAUCUUAAUCGAUUCAUUCUUACCUUUAUAAUUUGAAGGUUUUAUCAACAGAUAUACAAAUAUCUAUAAAAAGUAUAGAUUAUUUUAUAAAAGAAAAAUGCAAAAUUUUAUUUUAAAAAAAAAUAAACAGAAAAAUUGAAAAAAACAUCAGAAUAUUGAUAAAUAAAUAUUUAAAAAUAACCGAUCUUUUGAAUAUGCAAUACUUAAUUAUAAUGGUAAGAAUGAAACUUGAUUAGAUACAGGAACAUCACCAGAGAGUUGAAGUUUUAUAUAUUAUUCCUGAAAACAUCUACCACUCAUAUGUAUACAUUAGUUUCUCUAUCGGUAUCAUAUCAUAUUAAGUUUGCUUUGGCGUUGCUUGGUAGAGAACUCUUUAGGUGACAUGCUGGACCUAAAGUUUGUAUACCUGUCACUGGUUCUUGUUUAAGUUUUAAUAUAUAAGGCAACAACAUCAGAUGAUGAUUUCCAUACUGGUUCCCUGUGCUUUUGUGAUAACUUUGUUAUGUUUGCUAUGGGCUUGUGUUACUUCUGGUUACCAUUCAGGAGUUAUAUAUGACCAUUGUUAACAUAUAGAGUUAUUCCCCUUAGGUGACAUGCUGGACCUGAGGAAAGCACAGGAAUUCAGAAAUUACCACAAGGUUAAUUAGUUGUAUAUUUUUGUUAAGUAUUUAUGAGGUUAAGUAGGUACAAGAAGGAAGCAAUAUGUACACACCAAUUCUUAUAAAUCUGAUAAGAUUUUGUUUGCAAUAUUCAGUUCAGGUUUACUUUUAUAAAAAAAAAAUGAUUUCAAAUAUAUGACUAAGAUUGAAAUGAAAAAAAAAUAAGAUCUCAAAUAUAUGGAAGAAAAUCUAUUUUGAUAUGUAUAUUCUAACCAGUUCUUCCUUUUUGCUACGGUUCCUUCACUUCAAUCAGUGUAAGGAAUUUAAAUGAGAAAAAAGAAAAAAGUCAUAUCAGGAUAAGGGAAUAAACAAUAAGCAUUACUAAUCUUAGAUGUAUCUUAAAAAUGCAGUAGUGCAGCAAUUAGCGAGUUUUGUGUUGAUAUUUAUGUUUUUGAGAAAACUCUGAAAUGUUCCUAUUAACAUUUCUUUCUUCUGAUAUUGAGAGGAAACAAAUGAUUUUUAGCAAACAUACAGAGUUGUUCCCCUUAGAUGACAUGUUGGAUCUAAGGAGAGCAUAAUAAAUCAUGAGAACAAAUCAGCAAAAAUUAGUGUGAUAUUUUUUUAAGCAAAAUAUGAGCCUUAAUGCAAUAUAGUGAUUUUGUUCAUGUUGAACAAAUAUGUAUUAUUGUUGUACAAGCCAAACUUGUAUACAUAUUUCACAUCAAGCUGGUCAAAUCAGUAUGUAUAUUACAUACCGGUAUAUAUUUCUGAGCUGUUAAGUAAAUGUCCCUUUUCAGAUUUGUAUUGCUGAUUUACAGUUCCAAGUCAUCACAUAGACUUAAAAACGUAUUUCAAUUUUGAAUUUAUAAAUAUAUCGAAUAUAUAUCUAAAAAUAUAAUAAAAUAAAGUAAUUUAUAUUUGAUUACUUAUAUUUGUUCACUUAAGAACAGCUCAAGUAUCCAUCCUUUUAUUUUCAAGUCCCUCAACUUGAUAUCCAUCCAUAGUUAUAGUAAAUGUCAAAUUAACCAUUACAUACAUUUUCUCAUUUAUGUGCAAUUUAAACACUCAUGAGAUAUGACAAGAAUGUACAAAUGACUCUGAGAAACCAGUAUGAACAUUAACAGUAUUUGGUCCUACCAGAGGUACGCAAUCAAUAAUAUUUGUCUAUGACAAUGGAAAAGCAUUGAUAACAGCAUUACAUAAAUUUUGAGCUAAAAGUUGAAAAUAUUAGAUAAAACCUACUAGUUAUUACUAGAAACAUUAUUUUCAAGAUUCUUUGCCUAUGUUGUUGUACACAUCAAACAAAGGCAUCACUGACAGUAUUUACAUUGGUUGACAGACCUGACCAAAAGGGUGCAAUGAAGUUGGAGGUCCAUUUUAUUAAUGUAAAAAUAAGGAGUUGUGAAAUGAUUGCCAAUGAAACCACUAUUUACAAAAGUUCAACUGUAGUAGAUGUUCAGCAAUUAUAUACCUACAUAAUUCAAGACUUGAAAGGUUUUCUCUUAAAACCUAAUGAAAAGUCUUGUUUUCAUGUUGAGGCAACACAUUUUCAUACAGAAAUGAUUCAAUAAGAGACUCAUGAUACAAGGAACCCAGUACCAGUAUGCUUUAUAUGCUAUUGUGGUAAUAAUAGUGUAGUAAGCAUGCUCUUGUUUAUUCAGGUGACAUGCUGGACCUGAAGCUGGUGUUGUAUUAAUAUCCUAUUUUGAUAUGUCUGAUUUGACUUACACAUAGAUUUGAUGGAUUGUUUCCACUCUUAAAUAUCUAGUUGGUUACUAAAUCGAGGUUAUUUGCAUUAAAAAUGUACUAUGUAAAAACCAACAUUGAACAUAUUAUUGUCUUGAAUUCACUUAAUGUUUGAAGACAGUGUUUAAGGUAUUUUAAAAGUACCCUGAUGUUCUACGCAAUAUAAAUAUCUUGAAAAUUUUUGAAAUAAUUUUUGAGUGUAAUAAUUUAUUAAGUAAACUGUAUUAAAUUUAAACACUUCUCAAGUAUUCAAUCACUGUCUAUUAUUAAUCUUGAGAUGUGUUUAUUUGUUCUCAACAUAUCUGCUUUUCGUUACUUUUUUUUGGGUUAAUUAUGGGACUGACAGAUACUUUCUAAAAGUAAUAGUUCUAAUAUACUGAUACAGGUGCAUUAUUCAUGUCAGUCAUAUUGAAUCCCUAGUCCCAACCAAUUGUUUAUAGAUUAACCCUAAUCCCUGUCCCAGCUGUCAAAACUAUUUCAAAAAUCUAACAUUUACUUAACAUUGUAAUGAUGUCAUAGGUAUUACUUACAUUGAUACUCAAAUUAAUAUAUAUAAAAAUGAAAGUUUAUAGAGAAUAUAUUUGUUCUGGUUCAGAAUGCGAUCAAUUGUCAAAUUUUUACAUUUGUUUUGUAUCUCUGCUUGCAAUUUUAACUUGGCAGCACAGUUUUAACCUGCCUUCUUCCACUGAUUGGAAAGUUAUCUUGCCUUUAUUUAGAUAUGCUGUUGCUAUAGAGACAAACCAUGAUUACAAAAGGGAGGUAAUUUAGAUUUGUACAUGUUAUCAAUUAUGUUAAUGCUAGGCCAUAACUGGCAUGUUGUGAAUUAUGUUAUAAAUGUAAACAAAUGUAAAUUAAUUUAGCUCUAAACACUUAAUAAAUUGUUUAUAAAGGUCAAAA